UGCCGUACAACAAGAUGGCGCCGCCCACAGCCCAGCCGGAGGCGGGACUGGGAGAGGAAGUGAGGUGCCGCGGUGACUAUGGCGGACGAGGAGGAGGACCCGCCGUUUGAAGAGGACACUGAGGAAGCCGGAGGAGGCCCAGAUGGUGGGCAGGGCAAGAGGAAGAGGCUGUUCUCCAAAGAGCUAAGAUGUAUGAUGUAUGGGUUUGGAGAUGACCAGAAUCCCUACACAGAGUCAGUGGAUAUUCUUGAAGACCUGGUGAUAGAGUUCAUCACAGAGAUGACACACAAGGCAAUGUCAAUUGGACGGCAGGGUCGUGUACAGGUUGAGGAUAUUGUCUUUUUGAUCCGCAAGGACCCACGGAAGUUUGCUAGAGUAAAAGACCUGUUGACUAUGAAUGAAGAACUGAAACGAGCCAGGAAGGCUUUUGACGAAGCAAACUAUGGAUCUUGAUGCUUUUGUAUUGUGCAGAGAUGGUAAACAUUAUGGUUACAUGUUAUCCCUAUACACUUUUGAGCAUUUUUUGUUCAAUACUGAGAAAUUAACCCCUACUGCUUUGGGUUUGGGGGUGUGUGUGUGUGGGGGGGGGGGGUUUGGUUGGAUCUCAGUGCUGGAGUGUCUAAAGCUGCAUUUACUGGUUAGAAUUGUCAGACAAGCCUGUAAAUGUAUCUUAAUGUUUUGUAUAUUUUUAAUGCUCUUUCAUGCUAUUUUAAGAAAAGGCGGGGGAGUUCAAACUAGAAGUGCUUUAGAAGUUCAUGCUUGUUUGUAGCAACUUUUGUUUUGAGCUAUGUACCAGAUGACUUGAAAGCUAAAUG